AUCAGGUGGACAGUGGGGCCUGUGACGUAGCAUUCCGACGGAUUUACAGAGAUCAUGAGGAAGUCACUGUCAGCGUGAGGUCGAUGACGGAGACCAAAGGUGACUUGCAGUGUCCCUUGGACAGGGUACAAAUGGGUGGGACUCCGGUUCAGCAGGCAGAAUUGCGAGCAUUGUUGAGGGAGCACGCGGAUGUGUUCGCAGCGUGUGACGAGGAUCUUGGGUACACUGAUCGGGUGAAACACGAGAUUCCCGUGACCAAUGACAUGCCUGUCGCUCAAGCAUACAGACGUAUAUCUCCCAACCAGUUUGAGGAGGUGAGUUAGCAUAUUACCGGAUUGCUGAAGUAGGGGGUUAUUAAGGAAAGCUCAAGCCCAUAUGCGUCCCCGGUGGUCCUAGUCAGGAAGACUGACGGAAGUCUGCGGCUGUGCGUAGACUACCGGAAACUGAACUCGAAGACCCAGCGCGAUGCAUUUCCCCUGCCGAGGAUAGACGAGAGUCUAGACGCACUGUGUAAUGCCCAAGUGUUUUCAACCAUAGAUCUGGCGAGUGGCUAUCACCAAGUAGCGAUGCACGAGAAAGAUCAGUAUAAGACCGCCUUUGUCACGCCAUUCGGACUGUAUGAAUAUGUGCGGAUGCCGUUCGGUCUCUGUAACGCACCGGCAACAUUUCAGAGACUCAUGCAGGCUGUAAUGGGUGAUUUGGUGUUCCAGAUGGUUCUUGUCUACUUGGAUGAUCUUUUGGUCUAUUCGAGUUCGUUCGAGGCACACCUGUCUAGACUUGAAACGGUACUUUGCCGGCUGAGGGAAGCAGGGUUAAAGAUUAAAGUGGAAAAAUGCCACUUUCUCCAAGCAGAGGUAAGGUUUCUAGGACACCAAGUUUCGGCCCAAGGGGUAGGUCCUGACCCCGACAAAGUCAGUGCAGUAGUGCAGUGGCCAGUGCCUAGCACAGUGAAGGAACUGCGAUCCUUUUUGGGAUUUUGCAGUUAUUACCGCCGAUUUAUCGCGGGUUUCUCCAAGGUGGCCGGACCUUUGCACGACGUUGUAAAUUUGUGCACCAAAAAGGGCAGUGGGUCCCAAGGUGACAAGUUAUUUCAAGGCUCUUGGACAUCUGAAUGCCAGCAGGCAUUUGAACAUCUCAAGAAGGAGCUGACCUGCGCUCCAGUACUGGGAUAUGCCGACUUCUCCCUUCCAUUCGUGUUAGAGACAGAUGCCAGUAAUUUGGGCCUGGGUGCUGUCCUUUACCAGCUUCAGGAUGGGAGGAAGAAAGUAAUUGCCUAUGCAAGUAGGAGGCUGAGAGGUGCCGAACGCAAUGACCGCAACUACAGCAGCAUGAAACUGGAACUCCUGGCCCUAAAGUGGGCUGUAGUAGAGAAGUUCAGGGGCUAUCUACUGGGGUCUCGGUUCACUGUUCUCACUGACAGCAAUCCGCUCUGUCACCUUAACACGGCGAAGCUGGGAGCAGUGGGGCAGCGGUGGGCGGCCCAACUAGCUGUAUUUAGUUUCGAGAUCUGCUACCGACCGGGUCGUUGUAAUACAGCGGCUGACGCUCUCUCCCGGAGGCCGGGGUUGGAUGAGGUGCAUGUAGUGGCCGAAGAUACUGACUAUGAUGGCUUGUUGGGACCAGCGCUAGGAGAGCUUACAGAGGGGAAAGUUAGCCCAGACUCUGCCCUUGGAAACACUCCGACGUUACCUGGGUAUACUAAGGAGGAGCUUCGUCGUCUUCAAGAUGCGGAUCCUUUCCUGAAACUACUGAAGCAGUUUUGGUGUGCCCGAAAGAAGCCCUCAGCCCGUGAGAGAAGGGGACUGCCCCGACAAGUGCGGUCAUUGCUUAAACAGUGGGGUAAGAUCAAGGAAGAUGAAGGAUUACUGUAUCGCGUAGUAGAUGAUGUAUUCCUAGGCGAGCGUCAACAGCUGUUACUUCCCACUUGCUUGGUUGAGCCAGUGCUGCGGAGUGUUCAUGAUCAAAUGGGACAUCAGGGAAUUGAGAGAACCCUGAGCUUGCUCAAGCCAAGGUGCUAUUGGGCAGGAAUGCAUGAAGCUGUAGACACCUGGGUGAAGAAUUGUCAUCGCUGUGUGCUUGCUAAGUUGCCGCAGCCUAAGAUUCGGGCUUCCUGGACCCCUUUUCUGGCUUCCCAACCACUGGAAGUGGUCGCUGUUGAUUUUACCACUCUGGAGCCUGCCUCUGAUGGUCGAGAAAACGUUCUGGUGGUGACGGAUGUCUUCACUAAGUUUUGUCAGGCGUUCCCCACACGUGACCAGAAGGCGGAUACCACCGCUAAGGUGCUCCUGAAAGAGUGGUUUCUCAAGUACGGGGUGCCGCAGAGACUGCACUCCGACCAGGGGAGAAACUUUGAGAGCGCGGUCAUUGCGGAACUUUGCAGGUUGUAUGGGGUGCGAAAGUCGAGGACAACCCCAUAUCAUCCGCAAGGGAAUCCCCACUGUGAGCGGUUUAACCGCACUCUACAUGACCUGUUGCGCUCGCUAUCCCCCGACAAGAAGAAGAGAUGGCCUGAACACUUGCCGGAAUUAGUGUAUGCUUAUAACGUGACGCCCCACUCCUCCACGGGAUACUCCCCGUAUUAUAUGUUGUUUGGUACACAACCGCACCUUCCGGUUGAUGCUUUGUUGGGACGGGAGUCUGAGGAAGGUAUGGAAACCAACUGGUUGUCUGUUCACCGGGAGCGACUCCAGGACGCUCAUGCUAGAGCGAGAGAGUAUGCAGAAAGAAAAGCAGCGGAACGGACUGAACGGCAUGAGAGUGAGGUGUAUUGCCCGGAGAUUGCUGUUGGACAGCAAGUUUACUUGAGGCACCGUCCGGCAGGGAGAAAUAAAAUUCAGGAUGCGUGGGCACCACAGGUCUACGUGGUGAAGAAUGUUCAGGGAACUACCUAUGUGGUGGAACCAGACGCUGCUAAUAAAUUGCCCCUCCCAUAUUUGGGAUACGUCGAGUUGGAUAUUCAGGUGAUGGGAGUAACGAUACCUGGCUGCGGAUUCUUGAUAGUCCGAGACCAGAAAGAUGGAGAAGUUGAUCAUUCACUGCCAGGCAUACCCGGCAUGAAUAUUGCUCAGUGCUGCAAACAGCUGAUUAUGGCCGAGUUUGAUAAUGCCUUGGCAGGAUCGCUAGACUCAGAUUGGCGGGAUGCUUUUAGUAAGGUGCAUGGCGAGGCCCUGAUGGGAGCAAACUCUACAGUUCGAAUAGCUGGAAGAUUUAAAACGCGUGUGCCGGCGGCCUCAGUUGCCAUGGUUCAGGCUCGAGUUAGUAAGAAGCUGCCCAUGACUAAGGGUGUGAUCAUGCUUGAACCUGGGGCAAUGCCAUUGCCAGGGGGUUUGGUUCUUGUGCCCAUGGUGGUGUCGGUUGAAAGACGGGUGUUUCCUGUACGGGUUCUGAAUUUGGCACUGGAAGAUGUGUGGCUACCACCAAAAGCCAGGCUUGGGGUACUUUCCCGAAGUCAUCAGGUGGACAGUGGGGCCUGUGACGUAGCAUUCCGACGGAUUUACAGAGAUCAUGAGGAAGUCACUGUCAGCGUGAGGUCGAUGACGGAGACCAAAGGUGACUUGCAGUGUCCCUUCGACAGGGUACAAAUGGGUGGGACUCCGGUUCAGCAGGCAGAAUUGCGAGCAUUGUUGAGGGAGUACGCGGAUGUGUUCACAGUGUGUGAUGAGGAUCUUGGGUACACUGAUCGGGUGAAACACGAGAUUCCCGUGACCAAUGACAUGCCUGUCGCUCAAGCAUACAGACGUAUAUCUCCCAACCAGUUUGAGGAGGUGAAUCUGGCGAGUGGCUAUCACCAAGUAGCGAUGCACAAGAAAGAUCAGUAUAAGACCGCCUUUGUCAUGCCAUUCGGACUGUAUGAAUAUGUGCGGAUGCCGUUCGGUCUCUGUAACGCACCGGCAACAUUUCAGAGACUCAUGCAGGCCAUAAUGGGUGAUUUGGUGUUCCAGAUGGUUAUUGUCUACUCUGAUGAUCUUUUGGUCUAUUCGAGUACGUUCGAGGCUCGCCUGUCUAGACUUGAAACGGUGCUUUGCCGGCUGAGGGAAUCAGGGUUAAAGAUCAAAGUGGAAAAAUGCCACUUUCUCCAAGCAGAGGUUGCCGGACCUUUGCACGAUGUUGUGAAUUUGUGCACCAAAAAGGGCAGUGGGUCCCAAUGUGACAAGUUAUUUCAAGGCUCUUGGACAUCUGAAUGCCAGCAGGCAUUUGAGCUUCUCAAGAAGGAGCUGACCUGCGUUCCAAUACUGGGAUAUGCCGACUUGUCCCUUCUGUUUGUGUUAGAGACAGAUGCCAGUAAUUUGGGCCUGGGUGCUGUCCUUUACCAGCUUCAAGAUGGGAGGAAGAAAGUAAUUGCCUAUGCAAGUAGGAGGCUGAAAGGUGCUGAACAUAACGACCACAACUACAGCAGCAUGAAACUGGAACUCCUGGCCUUAAAGUGGGCUGUAGUAGAGAAGUUCAGGGGUUUUCUGCUGGGGUCUCGGUUUACUGUUCUCACUGACUGCAUUCCGCUCUGUCACCUUAACACGGCAAAGCUGGAGGCAGUGGAGCAGCGGUGGGGGAGAAACUUUGAGAGCACAGUCAUUGCGGAACUUUGCAGGUUGUAUGGGGUGCGAAAGUUGAGAACCACCCCAUAUCAUCCGCAAGGGAAUCCCCACUGUGAGCGGUUUAACCGCACUCUACAUGACCUGUUGCGCUCGCUACCCCCCGACAAGAAGAAGAGAUGGCCUGAACACUUACCGGAAUUAGUGUAUGCUUAUAACGUGACGCCCCACUCCUCCACGGGAUACUCCCCGUAUUUAAUGUUGUUUGGUACACUACCGCACCUUCCGGUUGAUGCUUUGUUGGGACGGGAGUCUGAGGAAGGUAUGGAAACCAACUGGUUGUCUGUUCACAGUGAGCGACUCCAGGAUGCUCAUGCUAGAGCGAGAGAGUAUGCAGAAAGAAAAGCAGCGGAACGGACUGAACAGCAUGAGAGUGAGGUGUAUUGCCCGGAGAUUGCUUUUGGACAGCAAGUUUACUUGAGGCACCGUCCGGCAGGGAGAAAUAAGAUUCAGAAUGCAUGGGCACCACAGGUCUACGUGGUGAAGGAUGUUCAAGGAACUACCUAUGUGGUGGAACCAGACGGAGGCGGUGUGCAAAAAAGGGUCCAUCGGUCUCACCUUCAACCUUGUCCAUAA